AGCGCCAAACGACCCAAGCUACUUGUGUCGAUUAAAAAUGGAGAAUACAAAUUGCUCCCGUUAAACAAUAAUAAUUCAAUAAACAACACCACACCUACCACAAUGCUUCAUCCGCAAUUAUUGAAUGAGCUUUCAUCGUUAUCGUCAGUGUCUAUCCAUACUGGAAGUCAAAACAUGGCUCGCGAGAAUGCUUCAUCGUCAAAACAAACUGUAUCAAGCGAUAAACGCAAGCCGGUUUCUCGUACGAAUAAUGCAAUGGUAGACAAUGUACCGUCCACAUCGAUGGUAGUUCGUUCUUCUUUGGAUCACUUCUCGUUUAUGGAAACAACUGCAUCAACUUCGGGUGCUAGUCAACGAAAACCUAAACGUAUAUUAUUAUAUUAUUUGCUGUAAAAUACUAUAUGAACGUUUAUUUUCAGCCCUUUCAUCUACUGCUUCAAUGGCAACGCAAACGGAUUUUUCUAGUGGACAGAACGUGGGAUUAGAUGCCAUACUAGAAAAAUUAGACACCAUGCAGAGGGAGAAACAAAGACAGGCAGACAUGUAUCAUAAGAAAAUGCUGGAUAUGGAAGCAGCAGAAAUUAAUAAGAGCACAGUUAGAUAUUUUAUCCGACAAAUUGAUUCCACGGCCAGGAUUUGUUGCGGAAUCGUCGUUUGAAUGGGAAACGGUGGGGAUCAGAGAAGAACUAGAUCGAACCCUACGGACAAAGAGCGGCUAAUUUUUAUCAUGGUUUGCGUAAAAACCUAGAGUUAAGCCGAUGGAAGAUUUCCUAGGCUUAAAAAAGGGGGCGGGAACGGGUAGCACGGUUCUCUCCCGCUCCCAUACAUAAUACACGGUGCGCUCUCUCAAUGCUCGUGCCCAUGCGCGAGCAUCCUUUCGUGUGCUUGUGUUUGUUUCUUUCGUGUUGCGCUGUGUGCGUUUCUUUGGUAUUUUUUUGUUAUGUAAAGCUAAACAAAAACACAAACACGCGUAGAUCUUUUUUUCAUCACUUUAUUGAAACAUUUACAUUUUAACUUUACACGAUUUCACACAUUUACGUAAGUUGAUACACAAUAUUUGACUAAAAUAAAAUUGAUCGCUCCAUCGAUGCAAACGUUGAAAUGGCCGAAUAUCUGUGUAGAUCCUUUUGUACACGUUGAUUACUGUAAAAAGGUACGAAAUGAAGCUGCGCGAUGUACAUAACAUGCAUUACGAAUCAUUCGCGCAGCUUCAUUUGAAUUCGCACAACACUUGAACACUUGAACACUUUACAAAAUCAUAACAACAAUCGUCCAGGACUUAGGCUGACGCACGUGCGGCCGCUCGUUGCCGAUCCUUGAGCUGUACUGACGAUUUCGUGUGGUAGCAAGAACGAGAGCACACAGAGGAACUUUCGGUGCAGCAGUGCAAGCGAGACACCGACAUCAGCACAGCGCUGCGAGCAGAUCAAACUGAGCGCACUGGCGGAAAGUAAACGCACACAUGUCCACAUGUGUAACUGUGUUAGUGCCAAAACUGUGUCGAAACCAAAACGCGCUCUCGCCUCCGUGUAUUUCACACCGAUUCUCCGCUUAACUCUAGGUUUUUACACACACCAUGAUAAAAUAUCCCGCUUGUUGUUUGUAGGGAAUGGAGGAAAGAUUGGGGGAAACAGAGUUAAAAAAAAAAUGGAAUUUUUAGAUACAAAGCUGCCGACCGACAGUUCAGAAGCUAGACUCCAUGAUAGCAUGGACAUUAUAUUCAAAAAGGAUUUUGUAACACACUGGACAGGAUUAGGACCAGAUUAAGUUUGUUUUUCAAAUUAUGAAAGCGUUGUUCAGAUUUUUAAAUUUAUAGGAACAUGUCAUGGAGUUUCACCCACGGACCAAAGAAUCAAAACAUUUUUCCAAAGUUGAUUUGUGUAGGUGUUAAUUUUUUUCUUACACCAACAUACCAAACAUCCAGGCCAUCAGCAUUCUUUUUGUUAUACCUAAAUCUAUCAAAUGCAGAGAAUCUGCCACAAUCAUUUGUAUGAUGAUGUCAAACUCAUAUAAAUCCAAAAGAGGUGAAUCUAGUUUUUGAUGAUCACCGUAAGCUCGGUUUUUGAAACCUUCAUGUGUUCUAUCUGGGCCAGCGGUGUCCGAGUACGCGUUUCUUCCAUUGAUGUAUUUUCUUUUCGAAGUGCACUUUAAGCAGCCAUCUAACGAGUUGAAAUAAGCAACACCUUUUGAAAAAGAAAAAUUGUUGUUCAAAAUUUGUUACCCUAAUGCUUUUGAAUAUUAUUUUAUUUGAAUAGUUACCUUUUAUAAAAGCUCUUGAAGGAGAAUUGGCGAUAAUAGCACGUAAUUUGAUGUUAAACUUCUUGUUUUUUACAAACACACCAUUUUUUGUGAGAAAAUUAACCUCAUCUACAAAAGGUCGGAGAAAUUGUUCUAUGCUGGCUGGUUUUGUUGCUCCACAAUAUAUUGAAAUUGGCAUGACUGGUAUUUCCGGCAUUCCAUGAAUGUUAAAAAUAGGUUAAAAAUAGGUAAAAAUUGUAGAUUGUUGCUUUUGGCAAUCGGCAAUCCGUCUAUUGACACGUUUAGUAAAAUUGUUUUAUCAGCUUCAAAGUUUACAUCGCUACAAAUUAGAAAACAUAACGAUAUGUAAUACUUAUACAUGAGAAUGAAUUUGUUUACAUCCAGAAAUAUUACCUUAACUCGUUGGUGAAGCAAUUUUGAAUCCCACGAUACCAAUACUGUCCACCUUGCACGGUAAUAAUUUCCGAAGAGCGAUUGCGGUUGAUUUUUAGCAAAGUUCUAGCAUCUUUUAGCAAUUUGCAAGAACUUACUUUACCGAUUAUACCCAUGAUUUGUUCGAUGGAAUCAUAUGUUUGAUUUGUAGACAUAGCCCACGUUUGAAUAGCUUCUUUUACGGAGAAUGGUUCGUUUGAUGUUUCUUGUUCCUCGUCAGAGCUUUCGAGAUAAUCGAUUACAGCCUCUUCUUCCUCAGCGUAUUCAGUAGUUUCAUGAUCAUCUUCAACAUAAUCAUGUUCCACAAGAAAACUGUCGUCUGAGGAUGUAGCACCAACAUCUGGCGUAUGUGCAUUCCCUACGGACAAAGAGCGGCUAAUUUUUAUCAUGGUGUGCGUAAAAACCUAGAGUUAAGCCGAUGGAAGAUUUCCUAGGCUUAAAAAAGGGGGCGGGAACGGGUAGCACGGCCCUACAAACAACGAGCGGGAUAUUUUAUCAUGGUGUGUGUAAAAACCUAGAGUUAAGCGGAGAAUCGGUGUGAAAUACACGGAGGCGAGAGCGCGUUUUGGUUUCGACACAGUUUUGGCACUAACACAGUUACACAUGUGGACAUGUGUGCGUUUACUUUCCGCCAGUGCGCUCAGUUUGAUCUGCUCGCAGCGCUGUGCUGAUGUCGGUGUCUCGCUUGCACUGCUGCACCGAAAGUUCCUCUGUGUGCUCUCGUUCUUGCUACCACACGAAAUCGUCAGUACAGCUCAAGGAUCGGCAGCGAGCGGCCGCACGUGCGUCAGCCUAAGUCCUGGACGAUUGUUGUUAUGAUUUUGUAAAGUGUUCAAGUGUUCAAGUGUUGUGCGAAUUCAAAUGAAGCUGCGCGAAUGAUUCGUAAUGCAUGUUAUGUACAUCGUGCAGCUUUAUUUCGUACCUUUUACAGUAAUCAACGUGUUCAAAAGGAUCUACACAGAUAUUUGGCCAUUUCAACGUUUGCAUCGAUGGAGCGAUCAAUUUUAUUUUAUUCAAAUAUUGUGUAUCAACUUACGUAAAUGUGUGAAAUCGUGUAAAGUUAAAAUGUAAAUGUUUCAAUAAAGUGAUGAAAAAAAGAUCUACGCGUGUUUGUGUUUUUGUUUAGCUUUACAUAACAAAAAAAUACGAAAGAAACGCACACAGCGCAACACGAAAGAAACAAACACAAGCACACGAAAGGAUGCUCGCGCAUGGGCACGAGCAUUGAGAGAGCGCACCGUGUAUUAUGUAUGGGAGCGGGAGAGAACCGUGCUACCCGUUCCCGCCCCCUUUUUUAAGCCUAGGAAAUCUUCCAUCGGCUUAACUCUAGGUUUUUACGCACACCAUGAUAAAAAUUAGCCGCUCUUUGUCCGUAGGGCGGUUCUCUCCCGCUCCCAUACAAAAUACACGGUGCGCUCUCUCAAUGCUCGCGCCCAUGCGCGAGCAUCCUUUCGUGUGCUUGAGUUUGUUUCUUUCGUGUUGCGCUGUGUGCGUUUCUUUCGUUCAGCGAUCGCUCACACUCGCUGCGUAUUUUUUUGUUAUGUAAAGCUAAACAAAAAAACAAACACGCGUAGAUCUUUUUUUCAUCACUUUAUUGAAACAUUUACAUUUUAACUUUACACGAUUUCACACAUUUACGUAAGUUGAUACACAAUAUUUGACUAAAAUAAAAUUGCUCGCUCCAUCGAUGCAAACGUUGAAAUGGCCGAAUAUCUGUGUAGAUCCUUUUGUACACGUUGAUUACUGUAAAAAGGUACGAAAUGAAGCUGCGCGAUGUACAUAACAUGCAUUACGAAUCAUUCGCGCAGCUUCAUUUGAAUUCGCACAACACUUGAACACUUGAACACUUUACAAAAUCAUAACAUCAAUCGUCCAGGACUUAGGCUGACGCACGUGCGGCCGCUCGCUGCCGAUCCUUGAGCUGUACUGACGAUUUCGUGUGGUAGCAAGAACGAGAGCACACAGAGGAACUUUCGGUGCAGCAGUGCAAGCGAGACACCGACAUCAGCACAGCGCUACGAGCAGAUCAAACUGAGCGCACUGGCGGAAAGUGAACGCACACAUUUCCACAUGUGUAACUGUGUUAGUGCCAAAACUGUGUCGAAACCAAAACGCGCUCUCGCCUCCGUGUAUUUCACACCGAUUCUCCGCUUAACUCUAGGUUUUUACACACACCAUGAUAAAAUAUCCCGCUCUUUGUCCGUAGGGUUAUCUUUAAAGCAAAAUAAACCAUGUUUAAUAAAAAGUACAAGCAAACUUCAUGAUUUUCAUCAUACCAUUUUCUCUUUCACUGAUAUUAUUUUCUUCUAGCUGGUCUUGCUCCACUAUACGGUUACGGGUACGAAACAAAUAUGAGUUGAGCCGAAUACGCUUCGAGAAUGAUUGGUCCAUCCUAAUUUUGAUAAAAUCAAGGCUAGAAACCACUAGAUUAUCGCAAUAACGCACGCAAUUUAACUCGUUAGAUGUUCUGUAUGUUUAGAUUUUGUUCAUUUGCGCGCGAUUGUGGUGUGACAGCAGCGACAUAAACACAGACACUAUGGACAAGAGAACAACAUCAACAAUAUCAAUAUUGGCCUUGUGUGGUAUAAACUAAAAAAUCUUUUAAUUUAGUCUGAAUUGUUAUAAUAAUUGUUUGUAAAAUAACUUUAAAUAAUGUUACCGUGUUAUAUUGAAGGCCGGUCUCGUAGUACAGUCGUCAACUCGUACGACUUAACAACAUGCCCAUCAUGGGUUCAAGCCCCGAAUAGACCGUACCGCCAUACGUAGGAUUGACUAUCCUGCUAUGGGGGGAAAUCAAAUAGUCACUGAAAGCCAAACCCACAAGAGGUAAAGGCAGGCCUAGACCGAGAACGGUUGUUGAGCCAAAGAAGACGAAGAGAAGUUAUAUUGAAGAAAUGGCUUGAUUUAUCUCUAUUAUAAAAUUCUAGUAAAGGCUGAUCAGCGUUACUUUCCAGCGGUAGCUUGGAUGUUUUUUGCUUACUUUACAUCCAUACAAUGACAACCACUUUAGUUACGGAAAACGCGACGCCGACUUGGUUUAGAGUGUUUCGAGGAGUAAGGAAAGCACGAUACAAAUUACAGUCAGAAUUUCAUAGUUGAACGCUGUUUCGUGGUUUCCAAAAAAAAAAAAAAUACGUAACAAAUUUUUGGCGAGCUUUUUUUCCAAAUAUACGUUUUAGAUGCAGAACAAAAGAAAGGGACAAACGUAUUUGCUUUGAGUUUGUAUUUUUACCCAGUGAUCGAGUUUCGCAACAUAACGAUCAAAGUAAGCCAUACUUUUGCGUGAAACCGUGAACGGUUUGACAAAACAAAAGCUUCAGUGUCACCAACGUUGUCGCGGAAUUUUUGUUUUUUUGUCGACUAGAAGCAGUAUAGCGGUAAAAAACUAUUUGUGGCAUAACGAAAAAAUCCAUUUUCUUUAAGCAUUUACUAAUUCAUUCCCAUAUAGGUGAGUAAAAGGUACAAUUUUCCGAAAUAGUUUAACAACAAUGACAAUUAUUACUUAUGAUUUUAGAAAUAAUGAGCAGUUUUGAAGAACAACUAGAUAAUAAUUUUCCUAUGCAUCUAGAAGUGGAGCCACUAACACCAGCAUGGCUUGCUCGAUAUGCAACUCCGCCUAACGAGACCCUAGCAGAUAAAAAGGCAAGAUUAAACCGCAAACGUCAAGCUAAGUACAGACAUCGCCAUCGGUCCGCGAAAGUCCAUACGAUGCCGACUGAAACAAUGGCGGUACAUGCCACUCCCCCUGUUGGAACUUCUAACCGUUAUCGAGAUGCGCAACAUGCUCAUAAUCUAACCAGUGGUAUAAACGGUUCGGAACAACCUCAAACAAGACCAGUUAACAUCGAUACCACCGAAAAUAAUGUACCUGUAACGAAUACAGUCCAUCUCACUCAAACAGGGAUUGAUUUAGAAGCGACCGCAUCCACUGUUGAGAUGUCAUCUACAAUUGCGUGGAUGGCACGGUACGCCACCCCGGAAGAAGAAACUCCUGCAGAACGGACGACACGAUUGAAACGCAAAUAUCAAGCCACCUACUAUCGUCGUCGACGAGCUUUAUCGGUCCCAAAUUCAGUGCCUUCCGUGCGACAGACUAAUCGGUCCAGUAGGCCUGUUUCCAUGGAAACCAGCAUUAUUGAUAUCCAGAUUCCAUUAAGACAACGGUGGGAAACAAUUCGACGACAACGACUAAUCCGACGACAUGGCACAAGAACUCUAAGGCAAGGCCUGGGAUAUCAUGAUGCCUACAUCCAACCUCAACGUCAUUAUCUGGGAGUCCGUGAACCAUGUCCAUACUGUGCGGCGGAGAAGUGGUUUGGUGAGACUGGCACUCUCUGCUGCAACGGAGGCCAAGUGAUUCUACCACCAUUUGCCGAGCCUCCCCGUGAAUUAUGCGAAUUGUUUACAAACUCACGAUUCAUGCAAAACAUCCGAACGUAUAACAACGCCUUUGCAUUCACUUCAAUGGGUGCAUCGUUGCGAGCACAUGAUCAAGUGCGCCAGGAUCGAACAGUCGCUGAUGGUCGAGGUGUGUAUACGUAUCGUGUACAAGGCGCCCUUUGCCAUCGGAUUGGUAUGCUUGGCCAACUUCCAGGACGAGCGCCACAGUACGCACAGCUCUACUUUCACGAUUCUUCCGCUGAAGAGCAACGAAACGGAGUAAUCGAAGCACGUGUGGCAAGAAGCAACAAAAUGGAUCGAUUGAUUGUAGCGACACUUCAGCAGAUAUUAGAUCAGCACAACGAACUGGCACGCCUUUUCCAACAUGCUUACGAAAGGAUGACACAACAAGAAGAUGUGCAGUUGCAUAUUCACGCACGUUUGCCAGGUUUGGAUCUGCGUCGGUACAACCGCCCAACAGCCGAUGAGAUUGGUGAUAUAUUUAUUUCAAACAACGCUGGAAAGCCUCGCGAUAUUAUUUUGCAGAGUCGCAGUACUGGUGGCCUCAUUCGAGUGUACGAGACACACCAAUUAUAUGAUGCGAUGCAUUUCCCUCUUCUACAUCCUUACGGUGAGGUUGGAUGGACGUUCGACAUUCCGAAGGCAGCACGAAAAGAUAACACUCAUUCUGCGCGUGAAAAUCGCUCCGCUGUUGAAGAAUCAGCUGACGUGAUAAACGAGCAGCCUACGAGAUCUUUCCGACAGAUUAAUCUUCGCGAGUACGCCGCCUAUCGGAUGUGCACACGGGCAGGAGAAAUGUCCCUUAUACAUCGUGCUGGUCGACUGAUGCAGCAAUACGCAGUUGAUCAGUGCUGCAAAAUAGAAGAACAGCGGCUUAAAUAUCAUCGCGACCAUCAAGCCCAGCUGCGUGCUGAUGCCUACUCUGGCAUUAUAGACUUCGCUGGACUAGCAGACCAGCAACUACAUGGCGAACCAAUUGGAAAUCACAGAAACCUUGGCCAGGCAGGAACGCGUAUUAUUCUCGCACCAUCUUUCCCCGGCGGCGACCGAUUCAUGCGGGCACAAUAUCAAGAUUCAAUGGCGAUUGUGCGAGCGAUCGGAAAGCCUGACCUGUUUAUAACGGUCACUUGCAAUCCCAAAUGGCCGGAAGUGACGGAGGCUCUUCUUCCAAGGCAGCAAGCCGCAGAUCGUCCUGACCUUACAGUGCGUGUUUUUCGUUUAAAAUUAAAAGCUAUUUUUGAAGAUCUGUCGGCAGGAGUGCUGGGACUCGAGAUUGCGCAAAUACACGUUAUUGAAUUCCAAAAGCAUGGCCUACCGCAUGCACACUGUUUGAUAAUCCUCGGUGACACGGACAAACCACGGUCGGCGGCAGAUUACGACCGUUUGGUUUCGGCUGAAAUUCCGGACCAAGCGAACGAGGAGUUAUACGAAACAGUGAGCAAGUGUAUGAUGCAUGGACCUUGCGGUAGAUCGAAUCCUCAAGCACCUUGCAUGAAGGAUGGCGUUUGUUCGAAGCGGUUCCCUAAGCAGUAUACCAAGGAAACGCGUCAGGCCGAGGACGGAUAUCCCGUGUAUCGUCGCCGCAACGAUGGACGCAAAGUCGUCGUUAAGGGAGUGGAAUUGGACAACCGGUAUGUGGUGCCAUACAAUCCAUGGCUUUGCCAUAAGUAUAACUGCCACAUUAAUGUGGAAAUAUGCGCAUCGGUGGCCAGUAUAAAAUACUUGAAAAAGUAUUUGUUUAAGGGUUGCGACCAUGUAGCAUUUUCCACUGACACGCAGUCAUGCGAUGAAAUUCAACAGUAUCAGGAUGCACGAUACAUCUCAGCCUCUCAAGCUAUGUGGGUUAUAUUUGGUUUUGAGAUGCAGGCCAAAACGGUGACCGUCGUUCAAUUGCCCAUACAUCUGGAACACCAACAUCGUAUCACGUUCCAGCCAAACGAAAAUCAUCGUGACCGCUACACAUCGGAAGAAUCUGAUCAAAAUCGUAUACUGCGUGCACUGGAACAGUUUCAGGCUUUCCGUCUAAUCGAAAAAUACUUACGGGAAAGCACACCAUCAAAAACGCUCACCAGCAUCUCGGGUAUGCCACAGUUAGCCGAUUUUCACCAAUUUAUACCAAUAGAUCAACUACUGUCCGAUCAAACCAGUGUCAACAUUCACAUAGAUGCGGAGCGUUCGUACUCCAUCAACACGCUUGACGAAACACUAGCAUCGUUGCAUCUGCUAAAUGUCGAACAGCGUUUGGUAUACGAUGUCGUAACAGCAGCGGUGGAUCGUCACGAAUCGGAAUUCGAAGGCUUACCCGAAGAACAUCGCAAACUGUUCUUCUUGGAUGGACCAGAUGGUACCGGAAAAUCAUUCCUUCUAGAGAAGAUUCUGGCUUAUACGCGCCGCCAGUCAAAGAUUGCCCUUGCUGCAGCCUCAAGUGGUAUCGCAGCGUUACUCUUGACGGGAGGUAAAACGGUGCACUCGACCUUUAAGUUACCUCUGGCACUUGACGAAAACAGUACGUGUAAUAUACCCGUACAAUCAUCCCUUGCGAACCUGAUGCGGCAAGCAGCACUCAUCGUCUGA